GGAAAACCACUGGUGCGUAUGCGGGUCUAAUCGGGAUGGGAUGUUUCCCUGAAGACAGCCGCAGAAACGAGCUCUCAGAUCAACCACCUGCCCUUUCCUUGGGCCAGUGCCGCGAAUAGUGAGCGGGAUCUCAGCUGCACUACACGCUGUUCGGAGAGGAUGCAGCAUUUGGAGAACCCCCACAGUCUCUGGAGCUUGGGGGGCGAGGGGUGCGCUGUAGGGAUGCGAAAGCGGGCGAGGACAACGGGAUCCAGCAGACCUGAGAUGCUGCUCUGUAUGGAUGUACCUACGACUGUACUGAUUGUUCACCUGACAUUAACGGCUAUUGCAGGAGAGGCAAUGAUGGCCAGCAGGGCGGCAAUAGAGGGCUGUCCCCUUGGCCAGUUUCCAUGUGGAAAUCUGAGUGUCUGCCUGCCCCAAGUUUUCCAGUGUAAUGGCCAAGCAGACUGCCAGAAUGGGGCAGAUGAGGAGAACUGCGGUGAUAACAGUGGCUGGGCAGCCUUCUUUGACCAGACCAUCAAGAGGGUGGCUCCUCAGGAGUUCCGCAGAGGCUGCUUUCUGGAGCAGUACCCAGACUACUGCAGCUGCAUCGAGACCAGCCUCCAGUGCGUCAGUCUGAAGCUUAAGGAGGUGCCACCGGUGUCGGCCAAUGUAACUUCACUAUCCCUUAGGAGUAAUGAAAUCCGAAAGCUGCAGGAUGGAGUCUUUUCCAUGUUCUCCGAACUGCAGAGACUAUUCCUCCAGAACAAUGGCAUACGGAUUGUGUCCGGCCAGGCGUUCAGAGGACUGCACCAGCUCCGAAAGCUGUCCCUGAGUCAGAAUAACAUAACAUCGCUGAGGCCUGGUGUGUUCAACGACCUCCACAAAUUGCACUGGCUCAUCCUGGACGACAACCCCCUGAAGAGGGUCCAGCGGGACACGUUCCUCGGCCUCACGUCCCUGUUUUUCCUGUCUAUGGUGAAUACGUCCUUAGUGCAACUCCCAGAGGCCAAGUUCUGCCACCAUAUGCCUGCACUGAGUUGGCUGGACUUUGAGGGAAAUCGAAUCCAGACUUUCAAAUUCUCCGUGCUGCUGUCGUGCGAAGAACUCACCGUGCUGUGUCUCCGUGACAACAACAUCAGCGUGCUACAGGAGAACACCUUCCAGCCCCUGCGGGACCUGGGGGAGCUUGACUUGUCGAGCAACCAGAUUACGGAGCUUCCAAGCGAUAUCUUCAGAGGCUUAAAAUCUUUGCAGACUCUAAAUAUUUCCCACAAUCCUUUGGUUCGUAUCCACCCUGGACAGUUCGAUCCCCUCGUAUAUCUUCAGUCUCUAAGCCUGGAAGGCAUCGAAAUCCCAGACAUCCAAACCAGAAUGUUCCAGUCUAUGAAGAACCUCUCCCACAUCCUUUACUCUCACAGAUACUUUAAAAAGUUUCAAUACUGCUCAUAUGCUCCCCACGUGCGGAAAUGCAAGCCCAACUCGGAUGGGAUCUCCUCCAUCGAAGACCUUCUUGCCAGCGUCAUUCUCAGGGUGUCAGUAUGGGUCAUGGCCUUCAUUACCUGCUUCGGGAACCUCUUCGUUAUUGGCAUGCGCUCCGUCAUCCGGGCCGAGAACAACCUUCACGCCAUGUGCAUCAAGGUUCUGUGCUGUGCAGACUGCCUGAUGGGGGUGUAUCUGUUCCUCGUGGGGGUGUUCGACGUGAAGUUCCGGGGGGAGUACAACCGCAAUGCUAAACUGUGGAUGGAGAGCUCCACCUGCCACACCAUGGGAUUCCUGGCCAUGCUGUCCUCUGAGGUGUCUGUCAUGCUCAUCACCUAUCUGACCAUGGAGAAAUUCCUGGCCAUCGUCUUCCCCUUCAGCCGCCUGCGGCCAGGCAAGCGACAGACCGCCUGCAUGCUGGCCUCCAUCUGGCUUCUGGGCACAGCCAUCGCAGCCAUCCCAUUACUGGACGAGGGCCUCUUCGGCAACUACUACGGACGCAAUGGUGUGUGCUUUCCACUGCACUCGGACCGGUUGGAGCGGCCCAUCAUAGAGGGAUACUCAACAAGCAUCUUCCUGGGUCUUAAUCUUGCAGCCUUCCUGGUUAUAGUCGUCUCCUACUCUAGCAUGUUCUACUCCAUCUACAAAACGGGUCUCAAUGCAGCCGAUCUGAGCAGCCGGCUGCACCGCGACAUCGCCAUAGCUAACCGCUUCUUCUUCAUCGUGUUCUCCAACGCCCUCUGCUGGAUCCCCAUCUUCCUGGUGAAGAUCCUCUCCAUGCUGGAAGUGGAGAUCCCAGGCCACAUCACUUCCUGGGUGGUGAUCUUCAUCCUGCCCAUCAACAGUGCCUUGAACCCCAUCCUCUACACGCUGACCACCAGCUUCUUCCGUGAGCAGGUGGAGAUGCUGCUAUAUCGCUGGCAGCGUCACCGAAUCGUCCAGAGGGACCGCAAGAGCUUGACCAGCUCAGGCCUAUAUGUAGAAGCUUCCCAGCGUGCCUACUACCAUCCUCAGCCCUGUUUGCCCAGGACCACCCUCGAUGACAUAAACACCAAGUGUAGUUGACACUUAAAUGAAUAUAAUCUUGGUAUGUGGUAUUUCUCGUUUUAUGUUAAGUCGUUUUUUAUUUGCAUGUUAUUUUCUCUGCUUUUAAUUUGAAAGAGCUUGCAGGGAAUACAGCACUUUUAUUUUGGUACUUCCUCUUAAUCGUUAAAGAACCCAUAGGUGGGUAAGUUGGUUUGUUCUGGCGUGACUAGAGCUGGAAAAAGGACACAAAAUUGACAUUUAUUGAAUAUUCCGUGCAAGUCAGCGCCUAGCUGGAGUGGGAACGAGGUAUUUAUGCUGAAAUCGUGUCUAAAAUGUUGUCUUUGUACUUUUUGUUAAAGUUUCCUGUUGGUUUUAAAACUCAGUGAAGGUUAAUAUUGUUUUUCUAUAAACUGUUUGCUAUGCUGUGUUAAAAAGGGGUUUAAACACUUCUGUGAGUGGUAAACGUGCAGUCAUCUGUACAGAGAAAAUAUUUCGUUGGUAUAUGUAAUUAUUAUUUAUUUGCGAUUUUGUGUAUUUUCUUUGUGGCUCUUAUGGUGCGUUUGUGAUUAAGCUGCUAUUAAAGUUCACCAAAAGCA